CGCUUCACACGGUAUAUUAACGGAUUCUUAAUUGAGAAGCGUUAGUGAGUAAUUGGAUCAAUCCAGAUGGAUUAGAUCAUUGACUGUUGAUGAGUGCGUGUUUUGUUUUCUUUCCUGACUGAGCAUCGAAGUGGCCGAGAAAUACAUAUUUAUGGGAUUAGUGGAGUGAGCAUGGUUAGAGAAAUCCGGUUGAUCCUUUCAGUCGACCGCGACCCCAGCGACCACCAAUGUGUUUUUCGGCCGUCCUAGCACCAUGUCCCCCAAGGAAAGCAGCCGUCCCCUGUUCCCCGAGGAGGGGUAGCGCGGCAGAAGGAGGAGAAGCAGCGGCGGGUCGCGGCAGGGCGGUCGGCCCCCUCGCCCCCCCCUGCGCCGCCGCACCGUGCCUGCGCCGACUACUAUGCGCAUUGCGUACUGCGUCCGAGCCCUUAUUGCGGUGCUUGGUCUAGCCGCUGUUGUUCGCCCAGUAGCAUCUAACGAGUAUUUCAACGAUACCUUUUACGAAGUACAUCGCGUGAGACGAAGUUCUAGAAGGAAACAUAUACCAGAAGAAGGAAGUGCCAUACAGAACGGCUUCAUGGAGGACCAAGAGAUGGAUAAGAGAUUCCACCAUAGGAAUUCGAGGAAAUCGCACCUUUUGGACCCUGAAGAUUCAGGAAAUAGGACUGUAGAUUGUUGCCCCACAGUGUUGGAAAUGAUCGAGCCUUUGGGGGGCUCCAAUCAAGAGGGGCUGUUAGUGGAGCUCUACAGAGACGAGAAUUACAUACAGAGGUUCUACGAAUACUCGUGCCAACACAGCGUAGUCGACAAGCCCUGCAAGUUCAUCAACAAAAAACUCCACGCGCAAUCGCGCUGCGUGCAGCGCCACAGCUUCUCCUACGCCCUGGUCAAAAACACCCCCAGCCACCGCAACAAAAACUUCCCCACUUUCCCCGCCCACGGAAACGGGGGCGCAACAUACACCCUCGACUACAUCAAAGUGCGCAGCGGAUGCAGUUGCGUCGUCGUCAACAAAAACAAGAAGAGGAAGAACACGAGGAAGCAGCACGCGAAGACUUGAAAGUGACGCUUGACAGUGACACUUGACAGUGACACUCGACACUUGACAGUGCGGACCUCGUUAAUUUAUUGUUUCAUGCCAAAGGUGCAGUGUGUUUCGUGUUGGGCUGUUUACCGCCAUCACUGACAUAAACUGCUAUAUUAUUUAGACCGUAAGAAAGAAGGUGAGCCACUG